AGCACAACCAAUUGCAAAGCUCGUCACUACUCGACGACGCACGCACAUGGCCGCCACAGCGAUGGCCGGCGCCUGCUCCCUCCUCGUGCUCCUCGCCGUCGCGCUGGCCGGCGGGGCGAGCACCGCCGCCGCCGCCUUCAGCGGCGGCGACAGCACGGUCAAUGUCAACAACGACGGCGUGGCGGCGCCGGCGCUCCUGACGCCGAAGCCGCCGUCCCCGGGGGAUGUGAACGCCGGCAUAAUGGGGUGCCUGAUGGGGUGCUUCACGCAGGUGUUCUCCUGCGCGCUCGGGUGCAUGGGCAAGGGCCCCGACCUGCCGCUCUGCAUCGUCAGCUGCGACCAGAAGAGCGUCGUCUGCAUGAUCCGCUGCGCCCUCUCGCCGUCGCCGUCGCCGUCGCCGCCGGGGCCCAAGCCAUCGCCGCCGGGGCCUAAGCCGCCGGGGCCCAAGCCGCCAGCGCCCGCGCCGCCGACGCCCGCGCCACCCGGCCCGCCGCCGCACGCCGCCACCGGACGCAAGACCGCGACAUCUGCCUAGAUAUGCCGACGCGAUCCAUAUACGAGUAAAUAUACUCCAUGACAUUAGCAUUCAUAUUAUAAUAAGCAUUAAGUGAUAAAAAUUAGUGGUUUCUCAUGAUACCAAGAGAUCUAGCUUAUUAUUAACUGGAUCGUUUAUGCAGCUGCAAUGUGCCACUGUAUUAGCAUGCAGUGCUGCAGGACAAACUGAAGGGGUCAUGACUAAUGAUCCGUAUGUAAAAUGAGUAGAUUAUAUACACGAAAUGAUCAAUGUACUUUGAUCUUUCAAUAUUCAAAUGUAGCACGCUAUAUAUUAUAAGUGUAAGUAUGAAAAUUUAUGCU